UCACGUAAGCACACCCAGCACAAAUCUCUUGCCCAACCCUAACACAGCCUCCACGUACACAGCUUUAAAAAGAUUCCAGACGGUGAAGGCUAAUUGUGUGCCGGUAUGAAGAGUGAUUGACAUAAAGGGUGGAUGCUGCACUAUGAGUUUGCCAUUAGCACAGUGAAAUAAACGAUCCGUUUAAUUUUGGAUAGCGAACCUGACAAGAAAAUAUCAACCGACUGAACGGGAAGUAUUGUUUGUUUUGACAUUAUGAUACCGCUGACAUCAAUUUUAUUAUGAAAGCUUUGUUGACUAAAGACACAUCGCCAGUGAUCCUGAUCAAGUACCAGCACGCACAAGCUGGUGUUGACCGUCCGAACACGUCUGAUUCCCUGCACAGCUCCUCCGUGGGCUCGGCAAUGUCACCGGCUGGUAUUAAUGUUGAGGACAAGAUGACGAGGCCGACGCCAAAAGAAAGAGAAUCAUUUGCGGUGAAAUUUACGGAGUUUGGGAAUGCCACCACUUACCACGGGCUCCGCUAUGUCAUCAAUAAUAAAUACUCUCGUUUACGAAGAUUGGUGUGGCUCCUCGUGGUCCUAGGAAUGGCAACCUGGCUGGGGGUGAACAUCGUAAAAGCAACGCUCUUAAUGAUGCAGCAUCCUGAGUUCAGCUCCAUUUCACGCAACUACGUGCCUAGGAUCGUCUUUCCAGCCGUCACCAUCUGCAACAUCAAUCUCCUACGGAGCAAUGCCCUGAAUGAGUCUGUCCUCGAGACUCUGGCCGAGAUCUACGAUCCGGUAACGGAUUAUCACCAAGAAGGCACUGGGGUUGAUUUCGGUCCCGUGGACGCCUUGUACCAUUACCCCAACGGGAGUGACUCGACGGAGACCAUCUUCAGUGCCUCGCAUCAGAUUGAGGACAUGUUGUCUGGAUGCAAGUGGAGGCAUAAGACGUGCUCCCCGGCAGACUUCACGCAGCGUCUGACCGACCACGGUGUGUGCUACACCUUCAACGACCCUCCGGACGAGAGAGAUGUGCUGCAAGUCUCAAACCCCGGAAGUAGUAACGGGCUCUACAUGAGAUUGAACAUCGAGCAGGAUCUGUACACCUAUGGAGAGAGCACAUCAUCUGGCAUUAAAGUCAUGCUGCAUCCACAGGGCGAGUUCCCCAUCGUCAAGGAGUUUGCGUUGUCUCUGACUCCAGGCUACGAAAUCUCUAUUGCUGUGCGAAAGCAGUUGGUGAGGAGCCUAAAAGCACCGUUCAAGUCUAAUUGUACGACAUCCAGCCAACUGAGAGAGUUCCCCUACAAAUAUUCCGUACCGGCCUGUCAUUUUGAGUGUAUGGUUCGAUUCGUUGUCGACCACUGUGGAUGUCGUGACUACAGGUGGCCAGUCAAAGCACCGAUAUGCUCUGUUGCAAAGCAAGUGACGUGUGUUUACCAUUACGAAGAUGAGUUUGUAUGGGACAGCGAUAAGUGCAGCUGUCAGAUGCCUUGUGAGAGCUUGACGUACGAAAGCACGAUGUCGCAGUCAUUCUGGCCGACUAAACAUAUCGACAGAGAUUUACGAGAGAAGUACGGCUUACCCCCAGAGUUUAUCAGGGACAACUUUAUGGAUGUGUACGUUUUCAUGGAGGAAAUAAUGUAUAUGGAAAUCCAGCAGCAGGAAGCUUACACGCUGGAACACUUCGAAGGUGACAUCGGCGGCUACAUGGGUCUACUAUGCGGUAUGAGCCUGAUCACUCUAGUGGAAUGGCUAGAUUUCAUCUUUCUUACUCUCUACAAGAGGUUUGGCUGCUCGAAAAGGACCAAGUCUGGCGAUAACAACGCUUGAAAGGGUAUAGUACGAGUAUGGGUUUGACAUGGGUGUACAUUAUGCAAUUGAACAUAGACAAAUACGUAAAUAAAAGCACACAAAAUCUUUGUUUCAUCAUAAUCAAAAUGUUGGUAUUUUUUGCGUCCAUCACCAAACUGUGUAGAAGGGGCCGAGCAGUACCCGUAGUCGAGGUGCAUAUACUUGGGCGAAAGAAAUAACGUGCAUUAGCACGAAGCUUAUACAAAUAAUGCAUACAGUCUACAGACUUCUAAUCUGUUAAUUUAAAAGGACCGUAGUUCAUCAAUAAGGGAAACACAGUAAUGAUGAUAGAUUGGAAGAUGGCAUCUACAAUUAUGCGGGUCCAAUGUCAUCCAAUCAAAUCCAUGGAUCGGAUGGUUAAUUAGAACGGGAACACGAGCGAAUACUUAUUGAUGUUGAUGAUGCUGAUUACCAUUAGUUGACAUUUCAAAUAAACUGCACUGAAUGUAACAGAGUGAAAUAUCUGAUAUAGAAACAGCAAGUAAAUAUCCUCACAAUAUAAUAUCCUCAAUAUUCAAAUUAAGUCUUCGAUAAGGCAAUCAUCCACACCUCAUCAGUGAUGCCUUCGCAUGUUUAAGAAACUACACAGACGGACGAAACUGCAUUCCACAUUUGGUACAGACAAACAUCUUCUGGACGCUCUUCGGAGGUCGAAUUGCAGCACGUUAAAGAAACUCAAACCAAUUCUCGCGCCUAAGAAAACAUACAGCCGGAAAUUUCAAGAUUGAAUGAGACGAUUUUCCCCGAAGACAAUGAUGAAGAGAAUAGUUAUAAGAUCGGUCUGCAUUGGCGCAGUUGGAAUUUUGCAACAGAGAAUAGGCAAGAUUCUACACUGCUAACAUAAAUCUUGCUAAGUCUGAUUCAGUCCCAUGAAGCAUCGUCUGACAACGACUCUAAACGUCCACGCUCCUGCUGCAUCGCCUCCGUUAUUGUCUAUGAGUGAUGAGGUUGUUUGCUGUGGACGCCACUUGUUGAAACGGUCGAACUACUCGAGUGGCCUUGUAAAUUAGCGACAUUUGUCAUUCCCUUAUUACCCAGUUUCUUACGUUAAUGGAUGGGUAGUGGCUGCAGUUUGUCAGGGACAUCAAUCCUAAUGAUAAAUGACAUCUCUUCUUCCUCGCUGAGCGUUCAAUAUUACAGGGACUUUGCGUAUACAGGCAUGGUCAGUGCGAGGCAACGGCAUUCAGUCGACGCCAAUACAUGUAUAUAUACACAAGACUCAAGCGGAUAAGCUAUGUGACUAAAGCCUAGGAGAGCGCGUAUCUCAGCGAACUGACACAGCGCAACUUGGAGCCGAAUACAGAGUACUUAACUCCAUGCAGCACUGCUUUGUCUCGAAUUCCAAGUGUACAGAACAUUGACGCAGCCCGAAUUGUGAGAGUCGACUCCCCAUACAACACUGGUCUGUCUUGAUUCCAAGUGUACCGAGCAUUGACGCAGCCCGACUUAGAGAGUCGACCAGAUACCAAAUCCCAUACAACACUGGUCUGUCUUGAUUCCAAGUGUAUAUACCGAGCAUUGACGCAGCCUGAUUUGUGAGAGUCGACCACA